UGAAAAAAGAAAAGAAAAAAAAAAAUAAAAAGAUAAUAAUAGACGCUCGCGUCGCAUAAUAUCGGUAUUUGCAAAUUUAUUUUAUCAUUUUUUAUAUUAAUUAUUAUUUUUGGGGCUUUGACGAUUUGACGAAAUUAAUCCCCAAUUGAUUGAACCCUGAAACGAAGAAAACCUAAAAAAAAAAAAAAAGGGGAAAAUAAUUCGGCAAUCGCGUCUACACUUUGGAAUUGGUUAUUUUCUUCGAUUAGGAUUUCUUAUGAUUCUUUAUUUUCUUGUCCUAUUCUUCAUCGUUAAUCGGCAUAAACCGUAAACAGCGAGCUAGCGUGUCUAAUUCACACGUGGGAUUGGGACCAUCAUCAUCGACUCGCAAAAACUUGACGUUUUCUCUUAAUUCGAAGCUUCCGAUCGUUGUUGUUCUUUCUCAAUUGCACCCUUCAGCUGGAGCUAAAGCAGCAUGAGUAGGUUGUUGUAGGUAAAGGUUAAAGGAGAUGAAUGUGCAGACACAUAUGUCUGGGCAGAUCUCAGGGCAGGUUCCUAAUCAACUGCCCCAACAAAAUGGGAAUCCCCAGUUGCAGAAUUUAGGUACUGCUGGCAGUGGGGGUCCUGCUCCGCCUAAUAUGUUCUCCAUGGACCCUGAGCUUCAUAGAGCUCGCAUUUAUAUGCGAGAGAAAAUAUUUGCUAUUAUAUUGCAGCGGCAGCCUCAGCCAGUCAGCGAACCACAAAAACAGAAAUUCAAGGAUAUUGCCAAACGCUUAGAGGAGGGUCUAUUUAAAGCUGCUCAGACAAAGGAGGACUAUAUGAACCUAAAUACCUUAGAGAGCCGUCUUAGUAGUUUGAUCAAGCGCACACCUGUGAAUAACCACAAUCAACGACAUGUGCAACUUGUUAAUCCUUCCUCUUCCAUUGGCACUAUGAUACCAACCCCUGGUAUACCACAUGGUGGGAAUUCCAACUUGAUGGUAUCUUCUGUAGAUUCCAUGAUGAUUGCUUCCAGCGGAUGUGAUAGUAUAGCAGCUACAACAGUGAACACAGGUAGCCUGUUGUCUGCUAGUGGUAUACACAGUGGUUCCUUUAGUAGAUCUGAUGGAGUUCUACCUAAUGGUUAUCAGCAGUCACCAGCCAGUUUUUCCAUUAACUCUAGUGGAAAUAUGUCAUCCUUGGGUGUGCAGAGAAUGACUAGCCAGAUGAUUCCAACUCCUGGAUUUAAUAGCAAUAACAACAAUAAUAGUAACAAUAGCAUUACUAGUAACCAAUCUUAUGUGAAUAUGGAGUCUUCUACUAAUAAUGUCAGUGGUUAUUCAACUGUUGAAUCAACGAUGGUAUCACAGCCCCUGCAGCAAAAGCAGUAUGUCAGUGGUCAAAAUAGUCGCAUAUUGCAGAAUCUUGGCAGCCAAUUGGGAAGCAAUAUCAGAUCUGGCUUGCAGCAGAAAUCUUAUGGGUUCCCAAAUGGUGCUUUAAAUGGCGGAAUGGGGAUGAUUGGGAACAAUUUACAGCUUGUGAAUGAACCCUGUACCUCUGAGGGGUAUGUGACUUCCACACCUUAUGCUAGUUCUCCCAAACCAUUGCAGCAGCACUUUGAUCAACAACAGAGACAACUAAUCCAGGGUGAUGGGUAUGGAAUGAGUAAUGCUGAUACUUUUGGUUCUGGAAACUUCUAUGGCGCUCUAACAUCUGUUGGAUCAGUGAUGAAUUCUCAAAAUAUGACCUCUGUGAACUUGCAGCCUAUGUCCAAAUCUAAUUCGUCUCUGGUAAAUAAUCAAUCAAAUUUACAAGGUAUACAACAAGCUGCGCAUGUAAAAUCCCAGUCGGUUGAUCAAUCUGAAAAGAUGAAUUUCCAGUCUCCAGUACCUUCAAGAGACAGUGUGUUACAAACUCACCAACAGCAGCAAUUUCAGCAACAUCUUCAUCAAUUCCCACAGCAACAAUUCAUUCAGCAACAUAGCCUACAAAAGCAGCAAAACCAGCAGCACCCUCUGUUGCAUGAUACUUUUGAUCAGUCUCAGCUGGCAUCUGAUCCUAGUAGCCAGGUUAAGCUUGAGCCUGGGAUGGAGCAUCACAAUGAAAAUCUCCACUCACAAACCCCUCAACAUUUCCAAAUAUCUGAGCUACAAAGUCAAUUCCAGCAGAAUGUUGUUGAAGACCGUCCCCGGGGUGCACAAAAUCUCUCUCUUCCAUCUGGGCAGAAUGAAAUGUGUUCGUCACUGGCACAAAAUUCGCAGCAAAUGCAACAGAUAUUACAUCCACAUCAAUUGGUUUCAGAGUCUCAAAGUGAUUUUGAUUGCCUUGCUGUUGGGACACCAUCAGAUUCAGUAUUGCAGAGUCAAUGGCAUCCUAAUUUGCAAGGCAGAACUGGCAUACCUAGGAGCAUGUUGCAUGAUCAGCAUGUCCAGGAGGACUUCCGUCAAAGAAUAUAUGGUCAGGAUGAAGCUCAACGUAAUAAUUUAGCUUCAGAAGGAUCAUUUAUUGGUCAGAAUGUUCCUCCUAGAAGCACAUCCGAGAGCCAAAACUCAAAUGGUGUUACAUGUAGAUCUGGAAAUGCAAAUCCUGACCGACAGUUCAGAAAUCAACAGAGGUGGCUUCUGUUUUUGCGGCAUGCUCGUAGGUGUACAGCCCCAGAAGGGAAAUGUCCAGAAACUAAUUGCAUUAAUGCCCAAAAACUGUUGAGACAUAUGGAUAAAUGUAACACAUCUCCAUGCCCAUAUCCUCGAUGCCAUCAUACCAGGAUAUUGAUUCGACACAACAAGCACUGCAGAGAUGUAGGUUGCCCUGUCUGUAUUCCUGUCAAAAAUUAUAUAGAGGCGCAAAUGAGGCCACGCACUCGUCCAGUCUCAGAUCCUGGUUUAUCAAGCAAACCUAAUGAUAUUGGUGAUAAUACUGCUAAGUUGAUUUCGAAAUAUCCAUCAGUUGAAACUUCCGAAGAGCUACAUCCUUCUUUAAAGCGCAUGAAGAUAGAGCAGUCCUCCCGCUCUCUUAAACCUGAGAGUGAAAGUUCUGCUGUGUCUGCUUCUGUAACCGCUGAUUCCCUUGUGUCCCAGGAUGCCCAGCACCAAGAUUACAAACAGGGUGAUACAACUAUGCCAGUUAAGUCUGAGUACAUGGAAGUGAAACUGGAAGGUCCAAUAAGUUCUGGACAAGGAAGUCCUAGUAAAAAUGAGAAGAAAAAGGAUAAUAUGGAUGAUACAAACAGCCAAAGGCCUGAUGGUGAAUCUGUUGCAAGGGAUGAGUCAACCAGUUUAGCUAAGCAAGAGAAGAUUAAAAUUGAGAAAGAAGUUGAUCCCGUCAAGCAAGAAAAUUCUGCACAACCUGCUGAUAGUGCUACUGGAACCAAGUCUGGGAAGCCAAAGAUAAAGGGAGUAUCGUUGACUGAACUGUUCACUCCAGAACAAGUUAGGGAGCAUAUUACAGGCCUUAGACAAUGGGUUGGCCAGAGUAAGGCGAAGGCAGAAAAGAACCAAGCAAUGGAGCAUUCAAUGAGUGAGAACUCUUGUCAGUUGUGUGCAGUUGAAAAGCUGACUUUUGAGCCACCACCUAUAUAUUGCACACCUUGUGGUGCUCGCAUUAAGCGAAAUGCAAUGUAUUAUACUAUGGGAGCUGGUGAUACACGGCACUACUUCUGUAUUCCGUGUUAUAAUGAGGCUCGUGGAGACUCUAUCCUUGCUGAUGGGACUCCUAUUCAAAAGGCAAGGCUUGAGAAGAAGAAAAAUGACGAGGAGACUGAAGAAUGGUGGGUUCAAUGUGACAAAUGUGAAGCAUGGCAACAUCAAAUCUGCGCUUUAUUUAAUGGUCGAAGAAAUGAUGGUGGACAAGCCGAAUAUACUUGCCCUAAUUGCUACAUAGCAGAGGUUGAAAGAGGAGAGCGUAAGCCCUUACCGCAGAGUGCAGUUCUUGGGGCCAAAGAUCUACCAAGAACAAUACUUAGUGACCACAUAGAGCAAAGAUUGUUCAGGAGACUGAAACAGGAAAGACAGGAGAGGGCUAGGGUUCAAGGAAAAACUUAUGAUGAGGUUGCUGGAGCAGAAUCACUUGUGAUUCGAGUCGUUUCAUCAGUCGACAAGAAAUUGGAAGUGAAGCAGCGGUUCCUUGAAAUUUUUCGAGAAGAGAAUUAUCCAACUGAGUUCCCUUAUAAGUCCAAGGUAGUUUUGUUGUUUCAGAAGAUUGAAGGUGUGGAGGUAUGCUUAUUUGGCAUGUACGUUCAAGAAUUUGGAUCAGAAAGUCAAUUUCCAAAUCAGCGGCGUGUCUAUUUGUCCUACCUGGAUUCUGUGAAGUAUUUCAGACCUGAGAUUAAAACAGUGACAGGGGAGGCUCUGCGUACAUUUGUUUACCAUGAAAUUUUGAUUGGAUACCUUGAAUAUUGCAAGAAGAGAGGUUUUACAAGCUGCUAUAUAUGGGCUUGCCCUCCAUUAAAGGGUGAAGACUAUAUUUUAUAUUGUCAUCCAGAAAUACAGAAAACACCAAAAUCUGAUAAACUCCGCGAAUGGUAUUUGUCGAUGUUGAGGAAAGCCUCAAAGGAAAAUAUUGUGGUUGACCUAACUAAUUUAUAUGAUCAUUUCUUCGUAUCUACUGGUGAAUGCAAAGCAAAGGUAACAGCAGCUAGGCUACCAUACUUUGAUGGUGACUAUUGGCCUGGUGCUGCAGAGGAUUUAAUUUAUCAGCUUAACCAAGAAGAAGAUGGUAGAAAGCAGAACAAGAAAGGAACUACAAAAAAAACCAUAACAAAAAGGGCUUUAAAAGCAUCUGGUCAGUCAGAUCUUUCUGGUAACGCGUCGAAGGAUUUGUUACUGAUGCAUAAGCUUGGUGAGACAAUUUGCCCGAUGAAGGAGGACUUUAUCAUGGUUCAUUUACAGCAUUGCUGCACGCAUUGUUGUAUUUUAAUGGUGUCUGGAAACCGUUGGGUUUGCAACCAGUGCAAAAAUUUUCAGAUUUGUGAUAAAUGUUACGAAUCUGAACAGAAACGUGAAGAAAGAGAGCGACAUCCUGUCAACCAAAGGGAGAAACAUGCACUCUAUCCAGUUGAAAUUACUGAUGUACCUGCUGAUACAAAAGAUAAAGAUGAAAUUCUUGAGAGUGAAUUUUUUGACACAAGACAAGCAUUUUUGAGUCUAUGCCAAGGGAAUCAUUAUCAGUAUGAUACUUUACGCCGGGCCAAGCAUUCCUCAAUGAUGGUCCUUUACCAUCUCCAUAAUCCAACUGCUCCUGCUUUUGUAACAACAUGCAAUAUAUGUCAUCUUGAUAUUGAAACCGGUCAAGGUUGGCGCUGUGAAGUUUGCCCUGACUAUGAUGUAUGCAAUGCUUGUUAUCAAAAAGAUGGGGGGAUUGAUCAUCCUCAUAAGUUAACUAAUCAUCCAUCUACGGCUGAUCGUGAUGCCCAGAAUAAAGAAGCUAGGCAACAAAGGGUUUUGCAGCUAAGGAGAAUGCUUGAUCUUCUGGUGCAUGCUUCACAAUGUCGAUCUCCACAUUGCCAAUAUCCAAAUUGUCGUAAGGUGAAAGGGCUUUUCCGGCACGGGAUACAAUGCAAGACACGUGCAUCUGGAGGUUGUGUUCUGUGUAAGAAAAUGUGGUAUCUCCUGCAACUUCAUGCUCGAGCAUGCAAGGAAUCUGAAUGCCACGUACCACGUUGCAGGGAUCUGAAAGAACAUUUGAGAAGGCUGCAGCAGCAGUCUGAUUCACGACGAAGGGCUGCAGUGAUGGAGAUGAUGAGACAGAGAGCUGCAGAGGUUGCUGGUAAUUCUGGAUAACCAUUUUGUACAUAUUAUUUGGCUGUUUUGGAUGCAAGGCUUCCAGAUAUGAGGGAGGUAGACAAAUAUGGUUUUCUGCUGCUCCAUUAGGGCACUGCUUGAAAAGUAGUAGUGCGGGAAAAGUGGCAGGCAUAGGUGUUCAAAAGGGGAUAGACAUACAAUAGUACAGCAUAUUGGUUUAUGAUCACGCUUGUUAGGGAACGAUUUUUUCAUUCAUGUCUCCACGGCUUCCUUUCCCUGCAAAGAAAGCAAGUGCAAUUCAUUGACCAAAGCUGCCAACUUCAUCAGCAGCAGCUAACUAUUUCCCUCGAGUAUAGGAUUACUGAUGUGUGCUAGGCAGUGGCUCAAUUUGGUGAUUCUUUGAUUUUAUCUUGUAUCUGUUUGAUGCCAUCCUUGGUGGCGGUUGUACUAUAAUUGUUCUAAUCUGUCUAAAUGUUUUUCUUACAAAGGAAUGAUGGAGGGAAAUUACUUUCGAAUCCCUCUUUUUCUUUUCUUUUUUUACUUUUUCCUGUUUUUCUUUUUUUUUUUUUUUUUUUUUUUUUUUUUUUUUUUCUAGUUUCUCCUUGAAAUAUUUGACCCACUUUUUGUAGAAUGUCUUGUUAUUUAAAGUUGGAAGAAAUAAGUAGUAUAUUAUAUAAUUACACCAAUUCGUUUGGCAUAAUAGUCUGCUGAUACUGAUGUAUAUAUGUUUGACCAAAGCUUAUUCAGUUUGUGUAAGGUGGUUGUCUCAAGAGCUACGACUUGUGAAUGGAUUGGUCGGGGAUUACGGGAAAUUAAGAUUUAUCAGCCACAUUUGUGGUUUUAACGUAAAAGCCAGAGACUAAAGUAAGAAGUAGCCAGCAGUAUUAGGUUAUUGUCAGUACAUGGCACGCAUGAUGUAACCAAAGUGCUUGCUGGGACAUAAGAACAUACGAAGAAGCUAUCGGAGGAAAUACGGGGAAGUACAGAAAGAUUAAUAAGAUAAAAACUUGUGACAAAAAAUAAUUUAAAGAAAUAAAAUGGUCAAAAAGUUGUGAAGGAAAUGAGAGGUAAAUAGCAAGCGAACGUGGCAGGUUUCUUGGCUCAAAGUAUGGCUGUUUGAAACCCCAUUCCCGUUUCUGUGGUCGUCAUUCUUUUAUGAAUUAGAUUUCUUUUUUAUUUAUUUUAUUUUUGGGUUACAUAUGAAUUAGACUUCUCAAACAUGAACAUAGUUGCUUACAGAAAAGAGAGAGAGAGAUAAAUGCAAAUCUUUGGUGCGUGUAGUGAAGUUGAAGUAGUGAGCAUGUCGAAUUAAUAUUACUUAUGGAAUGAAAAAGAGGAGAAGAAGGCGUUGAUAGUAUUAAUUAUUGUUGGGGGAAGGAAGCAGAUACAUAUAUCUGUAUUAUAUUGUCACAAGAAAA